CAACCCUUCGGAGUGCGGACGACAGACGGCAGAGCAAAGAGAGAAGAGGCAGGUGUGUUGCUCGUUCACGGCUACAAAGACGGACGGAACAACUUCGACGUGUAGCAGCAUGGACAGACUCAUGAAGGUGGUGGUGGUAGUGCUGAGCCUCGCAGCCACGGGCUCAGGCCGUCAGUGUGAGAAGGAGGACUUUUGGGGCACAACGCUGUACUUCAAUUGCCCCGAGCCAGGAGGCAACCCUAGUGACGUCUUCUGUUGCGGCCUGGGAGACAAUAAGUACUGCUGCUCAUCAUCUGCACAAGAGGAAAUUAUAGAGGAAUUUCUUGACAAAGUCCCUUCAAUCCCCCUGGCUCUGGCCCAAGUCCAGGCUGGGGACACAAAGCAGCGUGCCAUAGCUAAGCUGAAUGACACAAUGAGGGCCACCAAGGACAAGGUGAAGACUGCAAUUGGUGGCAAAGUGAAGGAUGUCACGGACAAAGUGAAGGCCAAGAUCAAUAGCACUGUGUCAGAUACCAAAGCUAAGGCAAAACAAAAGGUCAAAGAUAAAGUUAAAGAGAAGGCCAGUAAAAAGCUGGACCCAACAGGCGGGCACUUGCCAACAAUCCUGGGUGUGAUUGCUGCAAUAAUCAUCACCAUCAUUGUGCUGUGCAUUGUCUGCUGCUGCUGCUGCCCAUUCUGUCUCCUCUACAAGCAGCGUAACCGAGGAACAGUUCACAACCCCAAUCCUGAAGUGUCAGUGAUGCAGCCACUCCAGAGCCAGCCACAGACUUAUGCACCCCAGCCUUACCCAGCCGUACCCCAGCAGCAAGCCCCGUACCCAACACAGCCCAUGGGGAUGCAGUCUGCCCCAGCCCCUUACCCUCCCCAGGCAUACCCACCUACAGGCUACCCAGGUGAACAGCCACCCAUGUACACAGAGAAGCAGCCUCCACCUUACAACCCAACCUACUAAGUGUUCCCCAGUGAGCAACACACCUACAUGCCAUCCUGGGUUCACUGGCGGUCACUUGCCCAUGUUGAGAAGUGUGUGCCUGGCAUGAUCUCAGCCUGUUGUAUUGAUGAUACCACCUCCCAUCAAACUUGUCUUACUUUGCCCUGGAUCAGUUUUGCCCUUGGUUCAGAAUAAUUGCUUAACAUUAGGAAGUUUUGGGAGAAAAUAUAAGUCAUGAAAGAAAGUGUAUGACAAGAGACACAGGUAAGUUUUCUCAUUGUUUUAGAAUACUUGUUUGAUACUGUAAAGUCUUGGCUGAGACUAGCAGAAAUCAUGAAAGAGUAUGUGUGACAAGGGGGUUUAGAUUAUUAGUCUUCUCAUUGUUUCUCACUGUUUGACCUUGAGUUUGUUAGGCUGAGAAAAUAGAAGUCAUGAAUAUAUGACAGAAGCAGAAGCAUAAGUGUUGUUAUCAUGUGUCAUUCUCAGAGAGAGCCUGAUAAAUUACAAGCACAAAUUGAUUUUAAGGAAGAGAGCCAUAUAGAAAGAAUAUGCAUGGGUUAGUAAUCACAUGUGACUCUGUCUUGUAUCCUCGUGGUUGCUGCACGAAGGUUCAAAGGGUUAGUGCUGGCUUAUACCGAGUCUUCAUUAACCUCUCACACCUCAGAAAUUGUUUGUUUCAAUAUAUCUGCAUCACAUAGGAACUCUUGGAAUAGUAGCAACAACUGGUGCUGCACAAAUUAAUUGUGUGUGUGUGUGUGUGUGUGUGUGUUGAAGGCUUCCAGAUUUAAGAGGGAAUGUUCUUGGUUUCAUUGAGAGCAAGAAAGCAACAAUAUGGCCAUGAAUUAUUCUUUAUUUUUAAUAUGCUACUAUGUUAUAUCUUAAUCAGAAUUGUAGGAGUUAACAUCAUUAAUACUCAUAGUCUGUAACUUAAACUGAAAUGUAGGAGUCAAGAUUAUUAAUAUUCAUACAGGAAAAAGUUCACACGUGUUUUGCAUCUGACCUCAGUGUACUGUAGCUACUAACUCUGCCUUCAAGUGAGGAGAAUUCAUCUGUUAGGCAUCUUGGUUCCUGUUGUGUGCACUUUGGUCAUUGCAUCACCUAGGGAAUGAUAAUGUGAUAACAUCCCUCCAGACAAUAGAAUCUCACUGUAUCUUGUAUCUAAGAAAAUUGUAGGCAAGUGCCUUUCCUUUUUAUACAUUGUUAGAUCAUAUAACUGCAUAAUGAAAGAUGGGGAUAAAUAUAUGAUAUAUAAAAAAAAAUUAGAAGUAAAAUAAUCAAUCAUCAUUUUAUUAAGUGUAACAUUGAUUAACUUCACUGUUAGAGGUAGCACAAAUCUGGGGGUGAGUAAAGAUAUUUUUUUUGUGGGGAGGGAAUCUGUCUCACUAAUAUAAGAAAGAAAGAAAGAAAAAACACUAUGCAAAACAUGACAUGAGGGUACAUUUAAGCUUGCAGUUAAAACUACUGUGAAUGUGGUUGUCCAUGACAUGAGGAUACAUUUAAGCUUGCAGUUAGUACUGUACAAUGAAUGUGGCUGUCCUGUGGUGACAGUCUCACUUGUAUGGUGCAUAACUUUGGUUAGAUUAAUAACUUUGUAAAUAGUAUAUAUGCAUAUGUAUGUAUGGAAAACUAAGUGGCGUUACUGAACACAGGAAUGUUGUGAAGAAUCACACAUAAUGACAUUGAUAAACUAAGUGAUGUUUUAUGUUGUAAACUAAGUGAUGUUUUAUGUUGUAUGCAUUGUGAUAAGAUGAGAAAUGUUAACAGUUGGUGUCAGGUCCUCAGCACAAUAGCUACGUAUACUACUGAAUUAUUUUUAUUUUGGCACAUCAGAUAUCAUAUAUGUAUUAUUAUUAUGUACAGUCCAUUCAGAUUAACAAGGGAUGUUUGCACCAAAAAGCCACUCCCUCUUUACCAGUUAGGCUGACAAUAACAUGAGAAAUUGUAUCGGAUAAGAUGUACCGAAUGUACAAGGGUUCCAUGAUGAGACUCGUUUGGUUUUUGUGAUGGUACUCUGCUUACCACUCAAUAAGGCUUGCUGAGAAAUGGUACAAUUUGCAAUGAGUCACUAAGGGAGGACAGGCCUUUCAGCACAUGCAGUGCACCACAUGGACAGUUAACUUGAGUUGUUCAGUACAUUAAAUUCCUUCAUGUACAAUACCACAUGACCUGAGGUGUCUGACACACUUUUUUGUUUUCUUGUAACAUUACUUCUUCAUAUAGUUACUGGAGAAGGUAAGGUAAAUUUUUUUUGCAUACGAGAACAAGUCACGUAGGAAAUGAUAAAAAAAUGUGCCUAUAUUGAAUGGCCUGCCCUCUCUUAGUGAAUUGCUGCAAAGGGUUCCUUAUUUUUGUUAAUCUUAUUGUUCAGCAUAGCAGUCAUACAGUAAAAGCAUAAGUGUUUGUAAUCCUGGAGGUUGUUGAAUUAUUGCAUUCACAUUUUGUGCACAUCACUGGUAUACUUUCUUAUGUCACCAACGGCUACUCAGGUGGAAGGGGAGGAAGCCUCACCAGCAAACUCAUCAGGGUAAUUUGAAUGAGCUAUAUAGUCUUUUUACUCAGAUACUGUAUUUUAAUAAUAUACCAGUAUUGAUAUACCAUUUCUACUUUGUAAAAGAGACAUGAUAAUUGUGAAAACUUCA